CCUUUCGUUUCUCCUCGCACACUCGGAAAAAUUCAAACAAUGGCGUUGCUUGUGGAGAAGACGUCGAGUGGCCGUGAGUACAAGGUCAAGGACAUGUCUCAGGCCGACUUCGGCCGUCUCGAGAUCGAGCUCGCCGAAGUCGAAAUGCCUGGGCUCGUCUCUUGCCGCACCGAGUUCGGACCUUCUCAGCCACUCAAAGGCGCUAGAAUCACCGGUUCUCUCCACAUGACCAUCCAAACCGCCGUUCUCAUCGAAACGCUAACCGCUCUUGGUGCCGAGGUCAGGUGGUGCUCAUGCAACAUCUUCUCCACUCAAGACCACGCCGCAGCAGCCAUCGCUCGUGAUUCAGCCGCCGUGUUCGCAUGGAAAGGGGAGACUCUUCAGGAGUACUGGUGGUGCACGGAGAGGGCUCUCGACUGGGGUCCCGGAGGUGGUCCUGAUCUGAUCGUUGACGACGGUGGUGACGCCACGCUCUUGAUCCACGAAGGAGUUAAGGCGGAGGAGAUCUUUGCGAAGACGGGUCAGGUCCCUGAUCCGAGUUCUACUGAUAAUCCUGAGUUUCAGAUCGUGUUGUCGAUCAUUAAAGAUGGUCUUCAAGUUGAUCCGAAGAAGUAUCAUAAGAUGAAGGAGAGAUUGGUUGGUGUUUCGGAGGAGACGACCACUGGUGUUAAGAGGCUUUACCAGAUGCAGGAGACUGGAGCUCUCUUGUUCCCUGCCAUUAACGUCAAUGACUCCGUCACCAAGAGCAAGUUCGACAACUUGUAUGGAUGUCGCCACUCUCUCCCUGACGGCCUCAUGAGAGCCACUGAUGUCAUGAUCGCCGGAAAGGUGGCUGUUAUCUGCGGUUACGGUGAUGUCGGAAAGGGUUGUGCUGCAGCCAUGAAAACCGCUGGUGCACGUGUGAUCGUGACUGAGAUAGAUCCAAUCUGUGCGCUUCAGGCUCUCAUGGAAGGCCUCCAGGUUCUAACCCUUGAGGACGUCGUCUCAGAAGCUGACAUCUUUUGCACCACCACUGGAAACAAAGACAUCAUCAUGGUCGACAACAUGAGGAAGAUGAAGAACAACGCCAUUGUCUGCAACAUUGGUCACUUCGACAACGAAAUCGAUAUGCAAGGACUUGAGACUUUCCCUGGUGUGAAACGCAUCACCAUCAAGCCUCAGACUGAUAGGUGGGUGUUCCCUGACACCAAGUCAGGCAUCAUUGUGCUAGCCGAGGGUCGUCUGAUGAACUUGGGAUGCGCCACUGGACACCCGAGUUUCGUGAUGUCGUGCUCGUUCACCAACCAGGUGAUUGCGCAGCUUGAGCUCUGGAACGAGAAGUCGAGCGGGAAGUAUGAGAAGAAGGUAUAUGUUUUGCCUAAGCACUUGGACGAGAAGGUUGCUGCACUUCACUUGGGGAAACUCGGUGCUAGACUCACCAAGCUCACCAAGGACCAAUCUGACUAUGUCAGUAUACCCAUUGAAGGUCCUUACAAGCCUGGUCACUACAGGUACUGAGCGUUGGUUCUUCGUGUGGGUUUUAUGAUUAGGCCAUUUGAGUUGGUUUGGGUUCUGGUUGAGGAAUGUGAGAUAUUGGUCUUCUGAUGAGGUUGACCAAAUAUUUGUAUGAAUAAGGGAUUGUUGUUCCUGGUUUUGAGAGGCCCAUUUUUUUUUUCUUUUUUUUUUUCCAUUUUCUGUUUUAUAUUAUCUCAAGAUAAAUUAGUUUUUGUUUUACACUGUUGUUAGGCUUACUUAUGCGAUGUGCUGUUUACCAGUUAACUUUUCGAACAAGUGAUCAAAUCCAAAAAUUCAACU